UUACCGAGGUCCACUGCACCAGCUGCAACUUGCUGCCACACGGCACAAACAUCCCCCUUCCAUGUCCAGCGGUUUAACGAUGGAUCACUCUUUCCUGCCUCGGUCCAUCUGGACCGGUGACAGUAAAUUCCUCCAGCAUCCAGCAGAUCUCUACAGCAGCGUGAUAGUUACGCGCAGCAUCCCUGCGGGCACGUGCUUUGGUCCAUGUGUGCUCCAAAACACUUUUUACGACACCAUCGCCUUCAUAGCGCAGAAAUCCUGCGACAAGAGAGCUAAAUCCUACGUGUUCAGGGUGGACCCCGAGGCCAUGCGUAAUUCUGCGCUGGUGCUGUCCUGGCUGCGGCUCGUGCAGGCUGCGCGCAAUGGAGAGGAGCAGAACACUGAGGCCUUUCUGAAAGCGGGUCAGCUCUAUGUGCGGACCACCCGGGACAUCAGGCAGGAAGAGGAGCUGCUGGUGUGGUACGACCAGGAGCUGUCUCACCUACUGGGGUUCACAGACAUGACCAGAGGAUCAAGUGAAGAAUUCAAAUGUGGCAGAUGUAACCAGCUCUUCAAGAAUGAAUAUCCUUUCUUGGCCCACUGCCGAUUCCUGUGUACUCAAGUAAAGAGUGACACCUGGAGCCGGGAGGUUUACGGGCACAAGCACGUGGAAAUUAAGAGGCAACACCGUGUGACAGAUUUCCACAACAUCGCCAGAGAUUUGGAACACAAAAAAUCUAGCAGCAACGAGGACGCAGAGAUUUCCCCCAAGAGAAGGAAAUACGAGGAGAAUCUUUAUCCCAAAGUGCGGAAAACAGUUCUGUUAGAAAAAACGAAUAUUUCAAAUGAUGAUAAUAUUACACAGCUGAUUAAGGUUCACGACCAGACAGGAGAUGCAUCUUCCUCUGCGGAAAAGCUGAAAGCCGAUAAGGUCAAACCGGAUCAUUUGGGAUGUAAGAAUGAUGCUUUUGCUGAAGUGGGAGAAGCCAAAGAGACUUUUACGCACGACAGAGAGAUGGACGCACGGUCGGCAACAGGAGAGAGCUCAAGUGUGCACUCAAGCAGCAGCAGUGCAUUUUCUCUGGUCCUGAGCAACAGUCAGGGCGAGCAGAAAAGCGCUUUCUGUAAACCGAGUAAAAGAACUUCUCCUAUUGACCCCCAGGCGCAUCUCAGCAGCGCUACAACAGCCCCCUCUAGUCGCCUAGAGGAGAUGACUGAUGCCUUUACCUCCAGGACUGUUAUGGGAUACAACACUCCAAUGGCAUCCAACCUCCUGAGCGGUGACUUACAGACUGUAGCCUCCCCGGUUGCAUUAAACAACGCUUUCCCUUACGCACCGGAGCAUUGGUCCAGGAACAUUGGCGCUCAGUUGCAGACCACAUCUUCCCUCACGAUCCUCCCGCCGACUUUCACCUCAUUCGGCGUCUCGGUGCAGAACUGGUGCGCCAAAUGCAACCUGUCCUUUCGCAUGACCUCCGACCUCGUCUUCCACAUGCGCUCUCAUCACAAGAAGGAGUUCGCUGCCGAGUCUCAGGUGAGAAGGAGGAGGGAGGAGAAACUCACCUGCCCUAUCUGUCACGAAUACUUCCGAGAGAGGCACCACCUGUCCAGGCACAUGACUUCUCAUAACUGAGACGAAAAUGGACAAAAAACACUGUAUUUAUUUCCUAACUGAUAUUUAACAUGUUUAUACUCCAGAUUAGGUGUAUAACAGGGAAUGUAGGUAAAUGUAAAGAAAAUAGCGAGACGGACAGACAUGCCCGUCCACUAGAUGACGAUAGAGGUCUGUGUGAGCUGAUCUCGCUGCAGUUCUGUUGUUUGUGCUCUUUUAGCCCCUGUAUGUUAGGUUGAUGAUUAUUUUGUGCCUUAUGGAACCAAGAAGGGAAGAAAGAGAAAGAGAUCUCGAGGACAGCUCAUGAUUGUCAUAAAUAUCUCGACGCAGUUCUCUUUAUUUAUCAGCUUUUCUUUGCUCUGACUUGUACAGA